UACAACUGACGUGUGUCUUGGGCGUUGGCCACGGCUUGGGGAGGGCUGCCUGGGGGUGCAUCCGCCCUUACACCUUCCCCACGCGGCCCUCAGACUGUGCUUCCCCAAGCGGCCCUCAGACUGUGCUUCCCCACGCGGCCCUCAGACUGUGCUUCCCCAAGCGUCCCUCAGACUGUGCUUCCCCAAGCUGCCCUCAGACUGUGCUUCCCCAACCGGCCCUCAGACUGUGCUUCCCCAAGCGGCCCUCAGACUGUGCUUCCCCAAGCUGCCCUCAGACUGUGCUUCCCCAAGCUGCCCUCAGACUGUGCUUCCCCAAGCGGCCCUCAGACUGUGCUUCCCCAAGCGGCCCAUCAGACUGUGCUUCCCCAAGCGGCCCUCAGACUGUGCUUCCCCAAGCUGCCCUCAGACUGUGCUUCCCCAAGCGGCCCUCAGACUGUGCUUCCCCAAGCGGCCCUCAGACUGUGCUUCCCCAAGCUGCCCUCAGACUGUGCUUCCCCAAGCGGCCCUCAGACUGUGCUUCCCCAAGCUGCCCUCAGACUGUGCUUCCCCAAGCGGCCCUCAGACUGAGCUUCCCCAAGCUGCCCUCAGACUGUGCUUCCCCAAGCGGCCCUCACACUGUGCUUCCCCAAGCGGCCCUCAGACUGUGCUUCCCCAAGCUGCCCUCAGACUGUGCUUCCCAAGCGGCCUCAGACUGUGCUUCCCCAAGUUGCCCUCAGACUGUGCUUCCCCAAGCGGCCCUCAGACUGAGCUUCCCCAAGCUGCCCUCAGACUGUGCUCCCCAAGCUGCCCUCACACUGUGCUUCCCCAAGCGGCCCUCACACUGUGCUUCCCCAAGCGGCCCUCAGACUGUGCUUCCCCAAGCGGCCCUCAGACUGUGCUUCCCCAAGCGGCCCUCAGACUGUGCUUCCCCAAGCUGCCCUCAGACUGUGCUUCCCCAAGCGGCCCUCACACUGUGCUUCCCCAAGCUGCCCUCACACUGUGCUUCCCCAAGCGGCCCUCAGACUGUGCUUCCCCAAGCGGCCCUCACACUGUGCUUCCCCAAGCUGCCCUCAGACUGUGCUUCCCCAAGCUAG